CUAGCUAAGCUACCUACCUAGUACAGUGCCGAGGGUCCGUCAGUAUGUUCUGCCCAGUCUGGGGGAAAGCAACCCCCUCUGUCUGUCUCUGUCUAUGCUCUGUCUCUGUCUAUGCUCUGUCUCUGUCUAUGCUCUGUCUCUGUCUCUGUCCUGGUUUGCUGCAGAAAAAAAAGGCCCGGGAGGAGCACCUACCUGCCUGCCUGCUUGCUUGCCUGCCUGCUUGCUUGCCUGCUUGCUUGCUUACGUGAAGAUGCUGUUGCGCUGGCAGAACAACUCUGGUCACACGGCGACGGGCUGCCCGCCCCCAAGCUCGCCCCCUCGCUCGGCCCUGCUUACUGUCCUGGGACGGACGGGAGAGACAGAGGGGGCUUUGUGUCACCUGCCUCCCUAAUGGGCCCGGUCGGGGCUCGGUCUCGGGCCUCGUCCCACUCCUACGGUUCCUUCCUACCCAGAACCUUGAUUGCGGGGAAGAGGAAAGAAAUGGGGGAAGGGCAUUCCUGUCAGGAGUCCAUCCCAGUGCCCGACUCCGGCCCGAUACGGCGGGGCCAGAUGCAACGGUCGGGCGAGAAGACGGCACGCACUCACACACGCACGCACGCACGCACGCAUGCACGCACCACGACCAUGACUACGACUAUUUGUCGCUAGAGAGGGUAAUUAAGUGGAUUCGGGUCAAUUUUCCCCCUCUGUUAAACCACCAUGGAUGCAAAGUCUAAUAAUCACUUCACAUGCUC